CCUCCUUCUCCUCCUCCUCUUCCACAACCUGUCUCCGGGCUUGGGCUACUUCCUUCUCCACGCCCUGCCUCCCCUGUGCCUCGAGGGAAACCCGGGUGCGCACCGACGCGGCCCAGCUCUGCGUUUGGAAAAGACCGGGAAGCGGAGUGGUGAGACCGAGGUAGCAAUGAAUGUGGAUCAUGAAGUUAACCUCUUAGUGGAGGAAAUUCAUCGUUUGGGCUCAAAAAAUGCUGAUGGACAGUUAAGUGUGAAAUUUGGAGUCCUCUUCCGGGAUGACAAAUGUGCCAACCUCUUUGAAGCAUUGGUGGGAACUCUCAAAGCUGCAAAACGAAGGAAGAUUGUUACCUACCCAGGAGAGCUUCUUUUUCAAGGUGUUCAUGAUGAUGUCGACAUUAUAUUGCUGCAGGGUUAAGGUGUUUACAUAGUUUUGUGCACUGCUGUUUUGUUUUGUUUGUUUUGUUUUUUGAAUUUUGGUUUCUGGUAAAGUGGAAUAGUAAGUCAAAGGACCAACCUGAGGUUACAUAAUGUAUUUUUAUAGAAUUUUGAAAGCAAAAAUGGACUCACAUUUUAGUUUUUUUUUACAUCUUGAAAAGGGUGAUGUAUUGCCUAGUAAAAAUAAACAAAUCCUACAAAUCCUA